AUGCGCCUUGACUCAUUUGCAUUUCGUCCGCCCACACUGCCCUCAACAUCACCUUGCAUUCACUCAUCUCUCCACCUGUCCACCCACCCUUGCAUUCACUCAUCUCUCCACCUGUCCACCCACCCUUGCAUUCACUCAUCUCUCCACGUGUCCACCCACCCUGGCAUAUCACUGCGUCAGAACCGGGAGGACUUUGAGGCCGAACUGAAGCAGCGCUUUGGCGUGCUUGUGACCAUGCCUGUAGUCAAGCCUGACUCCCCUCCACUACCAGAAGAGAUAGCUGGCGUCAUCAAGACGGGGCAUAAUCUGCGGGAAAAGAUAUCGAAAAGACACAAAGGCAAGGAGCCUCUGAAAACGCCAAUGGGAGAGGAGGUGUUGGAGUGGGAGCGGGAGUUGAGAGCUGUGCUGCACAAGCAUGCCCCCUACCUCACUUCCAUCCAACUGCCUCUGGAGCAAGUGGUCGCUACAGUCCAAAACCAGCUACACCAGAUCGCUACAGGACAAAUCCGCCUGCAGGUCGCCGCCAAGACGAGCUUCCGCAGCAUCCAACUGGCAGCGGUGGUGAUUGAUCCAGCUGCUGAGGUGGUACCAGGCGGCGCUGACGUGGCAGUGAGCGGGCGGCAGCUGUUGCGGACGUUAGAGGAGCUGGCGAGAUCCAAUUCGCGAAUGGCAGAGUUCUGGAAAACGGCAGAAGGUCCUUUGAGAAAGAAACUGGAAGUGGUUACCAGUGGUGCUGCUGUGGCUGCUGGUGCUGGUGCUGGUGCUGGUGCUGGUGCUGGUGCUGGUGCUGGUGCUGGUGCUGGUGCUGGUGCUGGUGCUGGUGGUGGCAGCAGCAGGGGGUUGGGGUGGCUGCAUGUGACACUGGCCCACAAGAAGGAGCAGGGAGUGCCAGCAGUGGUGGGGUAUGCUCCCAUGGAGGGCCGUGCGGUCGCUGUGCUGGCAACGGCACUGCUGUUUGAUGAAAACGUGGCUGCACUCGCUGUGGAGCUGAGGGGAGGGACGGGUGGGGAGGAAGGGGAGCCAGUUCGCUCGCUGAACGAGUUUGCACACAUCACUCUUCCGCUUGCUUUGCGCGUCUCCGCGUUCCGUGCGCCCGCGGGCAUGCAGGGGCAUGAGGGCGGGGAUGGCCCUUCCGGCGGAGGCGGGGGAGCGGGGCGGGCGAAGGGGAAAGCGGCGGCGGAGGAGUUGUGCGGGUCGAAGAAGAAGGCAGGAAUCUUCCUGAGAGAACUUUCACUGAGCGUACCAACUCCUUCAUGCUUCUCUCACAUGCUCGCACGUGCUCCCGUCCCAUGUGUUUCCACGAGCUCUCACGACCUCUGUGUUGCAUCUGCGGUGCGUGCAGUGCGGCUCAUGAUGUACGGAUUUGGGGAUGAUCCCGAGCCCCUGCCAGAGACAGUGGAGCUGGUGGAGGAGAUGGUGAUCGAGUACAUCACAGACUUGGUGCAUCGAGCGCAGGAGGUGGCGGCCAGGCGGGGCCGUCUCACCACUGAGGAUGUGCUCUUCCUCAUCCGCAAGGACCCACGCAAGUUUGCAAGAGCAAGGGAGUUACUGGCGAUGAACGUGGAGCUGAAAGAAGCGAGAAAGGCAUUUCAAGAGGAGCAGUAG